AUGGCAACCCCCCAACCCCUAGGCGACCGCUCCCAAAGCGACACCGCAUCCGUCUCCUCAAACAACCCCGAAGCAUCAGGCGAACUCACAGCAGUCGUAGACGACCUGCUCAACCAACUGAAUACCAAAUUCAACUCGAUAAGUAGCGAGUUGCUUUCAAAAAUGGAUGAUAUGUCAAGACGACUUGAUAAUCUCGAGGCUACGAUUCAGAGUGGGGAUGGGAGUAAAGGGAGUGGAUCGGGGAAAUGA